UUAAAAGCGCGUCAGCUUGGCGUGGGAGGAAAGCUCGAAGUGAUGAAGGACUUCCUUUUUGGUGUCACCCCUCUAGCACGGGUAUGGUGGUAACAAGGUGCAUGAUCGAGGUGAAUCUGGGGCUCGAUCACAGGAUACUGGCACGCCUAAGGGACGCAACUUUGCUGACUAAAGAGGACUGAUUGUUAGGCAACAUGAAGUGGUUGAUGGCAUGUCAUCGGACACCAGUGGCGUGGAUCGAUGUUCACUAUGUAAAUCAGUGGACAGUCUGAACGUCUUCAUGCAGCUGAAACACUUCGAAGUUCAACAAAAUUAUAGAUUGACCACCAAUUGAACAAAUGAACGUGUCUGAAUGACGUGGGAUUAAUCAGCCGUUCAGCAGCUGUUCUCUGUAGUUAUAAAACAUGCCGUGAAAGUGAUGCUAGGAAAAAUCAUUCGGAACAUUUCAGAAAUGAACAAAAUACGAUUGAAUCGGCUUUUGAACAAAUCCAGACUUUUCAAUCUUAUGUUUAUGAUGGCCGCUGUCUACAUCGUUUUAGGAUUAACCAAAAUUGGGGUUUUCCUUGUUUCAACACGAAAGCUCUUUGAUUCAAUUGACUAUACGCUUAAGAAAGAAAGAGACUCGUUCCACUUGAACAGACUGUUGCACCUCAAGAAAGACUCGCUUCCUUUGUCUGACCCAGCAUCCUUUAGUUCUUUCUACAUCGACACGCCUGCUUCAAAAGCAAAAAACACAUUUAACGACAAAACUCGAAGCAUUGGUGAAUACGUUCCUAGCAAAACCUUUCAACAUGUUUACCGACGUAUGCCGGACAUAGAUAUUCAGAGUGGUGAAAACAAAAGUCUCGAAGUGCUCCUGAGAAGAGGGGACAUUGAACCAGCGACUGACCUUGUGACUAGAGACACGAAGGUCAUACUGUGGUAUUCCCCAACAAGGUAUCAUCCAAGAUUGUCGAGAUUACACCCCUUGCGGGGAUGCCCAGAAUCCAGAUGUCGGGUUACAACAAACAGAGACUUCUACAGCCAGAGUGAUGCUCUUGUGUUUACUGCACAGCUCCUAGAUCAGAUGCCACCAGUGAAGCUUACGAAUCAAGUGUGGAUAUUACAUAAUCAUGAGUCUCCACGGUGGGUGAAUAAAAAUACGUAUUUGUACAACGAAGCCUGGAGCUCCAAAUUUAACUGGACGAUGGACUAUAGGAAUGACGCCGAUUUCAAAGUCCCGUACGGAAUCCUCCAAAGUAAGAAUGGAACAUUUCUUAGAGAAGAACAUCCACCAAUAAGAAACUAUUCACAAAUCUGGUCUUCGAAGAAAGGAACAAUCGCAUGGAUGGUAAGCAACUGCCGAACUAUGAGUAAAAGAAUGGAAUAUGUUCGGGAAUUGAGUCGCUAUGUCCAAGUUGAUAUAUUCGGCAAGUGUGGCGACCACAGAUGUCCAAGAUCUGAUGACGAAUCGUGUCUGGAACAUCUUUCGAAAAAUUACAAAUUCUACUUAGCCUUUGAAAAUGCGUUUUGUAAAGACUACAUAACUGAAAAGUUUUUCCGUAACUUCAACUCUGAUAUGGUCGUAGUGGCCAGGGGUGGGGGCGACUACAGCGCCGUUGCUCCCCCAGGAACCUUCAUCAAUGCAGCUGACUUCGUAUCACCUCAGCGUCUUGCCCAGUUGUUGAACGAGCUGGCUCACAAUGAAAGAGACUAUGUCAAUAUUCUACGCAAGAAGAACCAGUAUCAUGCCGUUUGGGAGGAGUGGCCCAUAGUUAAAAAUGGGAUCAUAGAAUAUAUGACCUAUCAUUACGAUAUGGUGCCCAUGUGUGACAUUUGUAACCGGUUGUGGGAUGUUGAAAGUAACGGAACACUCUACAUGGACAUUGGUGAUUGGUUUGAUAAAGGGAUGUGUUUUGAACCUUCCGAUCUAACUUCAGAUAGGUUGUGAAUACUUAGGAGAAAAAGUUUUAGAAAAACAGUUUUCAGUGUUGGGCUGUCACGUGAAGAUUUGAGGGCGCUUAAUUAAAUUUGGAACCGAACGUUGAGCAUGAGAGGUUUCAAAUGUUAAAUUUACCGCCGUUAUUUUUACACAGAAGCAAACUCUGAGUUAAACAACUAAGCAUCUUUAUCUUUAUUUUAUUAAACAAUUA